AUGGAACGCGAUGGAGUUGAAACGCAGGAGUUGUGCGUGCAGGCUUUGCGCAGCGUUCGUUCAGCAAGUGAUGCGGAUCUGCUGGCAACACUGAAUGAACUGGAGGGAUUUGUGCCUCAAGUUUCUGGAAAUUUAAACUUAAUAAAUGCAGAUGCCGCACAAGAACUCCUUUACAUUACUCUAGAAGCAGUAAACUGCCUGAGGAUGCCGGUAGCUCAGGCGGCGCUUCGCCUGUUGAACGACGGUCUACCGGAAGAGGGGUUGAUUGAUAUAUUGGCUUGUGAUGCUAACCUCGCUUUAUCAUCGGUGGACGCAGAGCUAGAGGAGGUCGUCGCCUGUCUCGUUGGCCGCCUCCCCUACGCAGUGACCGGCACCUACGGCCAAAUAAUUCAUAAGGCCCUCCAUGCCGUCGCCCCGGAGACGCCCGGCAGCAGACGAGGCGCCGCAGUGCCAGCAGAAGAAUUCGACUUUUAUAAACAAAUUCUAAAUUUUGAGGAUUUGUUUAAAGUGCUGUUGCGAAUGAAGACCUUCAACAUCGACAUCUUCAUGCAGUGGAGAGACAAAACGCAGAAACGAACAGCAGCAGCAGCAGCAGCAACAACACCACCCGCAGCCGCAGCAGCAGCAGCAAGCAGCAAGAGGCGUGCGUAUGACGCAGGAAUAUUUAAGCAGGCGGAGGCAUUUUUAGAGGGAGUGGAAAUCGCCUGUCUUUCAUUCAAUAACGAAAAAGAUGCAGCAGAAUUCAAGCGGCAGUUUCUGCAGCAUUAUCAGCUUGACCAAAUGGAAGAUUACGACUUCGCCUUUCUUGAGGGGGUGGUAGACGAGCUGAGGGAACCUCUUGACGCAGCAAAGGCAGAACAGCUUCUAAAGCCAUCACUGCUGCUGCAUGGCUGCAGCAGCAGCAGCAGCAAAAGUGGAAUAAACAGAAAAAACAACAAAGACAAACAACAGGGAGACGGCAGCAGCAGUACACAUCAACAGCAACUGAUUAUGUUCGCCUCAACCAAAGAAAUUCAAGAAGACGACAACCUUAGCACCCAGGAGCCGAGGAGGAGGGAGAGCUGGCAAGAGAGAACAGAUGGCAAGAAACGGAUCUUCUCUCCUGUUAGACAGGGGAAGGCCGAGGCGCGCAGCGACCCAACAGAGAGCUGCAGAGGACCCUCGUACGCUCAAGCCUAUCAUCACCCUCUUGCUAAUAACGACGGCCGCCCGCGGCCGCCUCCUCCUCCUAAACUCUCUCAAUGGAGACGCAUCAGCCUUGCAACAACAAAGAGCAGCGAUACUGAAGCGUUUGGGUUUCCUCUGACUGAAAAUACCCUGAAAAAUCACGACAAACAACACCAAGAAGACGAAGCCAGGAGGGGUGGAGAGACCAGUGGACAGACCAUUGGAGAACAACUGAAGACCGGAAGAGGAAGCAAGAACAAAGAAGCAGAAGAUAUGCAAACAGAAGAAACACACGAAGAACAAACAGAUCACCCAAGAAAUCAGCUGUUAUUUCAAGAAGAAGACAGCCUAAAUGAAUUGCCUCCACUGACGAAGCAACUGGGCAAAAAAACACGAACACAGACGCACACACAGCAACAACAGAAGCAGCAACGGAAACAGCAACAGCAGCAGCAGCAGGUGCAGCAGAGCCAGCACCGGCAGCAGCCACAGACGACGCAGCAGCAGCAGCAACAACCGAACCAACAGGCAGCAGCAGAUGCAUCAAACGACUACAAUGCCCCUAUUCUGCAGCAGUCUCCUUCUUCCUUCAAACGCUGUGAGAUCGGAGGGACAGGAAUUUCUUCGUCUGCAUGCAGCGUCCGAGUUGACAGUGUAGAUGGAAAGGGAGAUAACAGAAGAAGACAACAGACGCCAUUUGAAACACCAAUAUCAGCAGCAGCAGCAGCAACAGCAGAAGCAACAGAAGCAGCAGAAGCAGCGGAAGCAGCAGCAACUGAUGCACGAGAAUCGCCGCAGAAGUAUAUCUCUUCUCCUUCUGUUGCGGCUUCUUGCCUUCCUCUACCUCCACAGAACAAUGUGGAAGCAGCAUCAGAACAAUCAAAAGAGGCCAAUGCGAGGGAAGACCAAACAGAGAACAGCAGCCUGCAUGCACUUCUGCACGAACAGCUGCAGGUGCACCUGCAGCAGCAGCAGCCGCAGCAGCAGCAGCAGGAGCUGGCGAGCAAUAUGCUGUGGCAGCGAGGAGUGGAGACGGAGAGCAUCACAGGCCUCCUUGCAGCCUUAAAGCAAAAAGUACAAGAGGCAAAACUAGCUAAGGUGGAGGAGGCCCGACAGACGUGA